AGUAACCCCCCUUACUAGAGAUCAAGAACAAAUACACUAAACUGAUCAAACUAGAGAUCAAAACAAAAUAGUAUGAGUUUAAGCCUUGAUCUCAAGGAUCUGGAUGUGUUAACAUCGAACGCAAAGCAAAUACAAGAUGAUGUGUUGAAGGAGAUACUAACACUUAACGCCAACACAGAGUAUCUCCAACGCUUCCUACAUGGAAGCUCUGAUAAAGAUUUGUUCAAGAAGAACGUACCGGUGGUGAGCUACGAUGAUGUCAGGCCUUAUAUCGAACGUGUUGCGAACGGAGAGCGCUCGGAUGUGAUCUCGGGCGGACCCAUAACUAGAUUCGUCCGAAGCUCUGGAACUACAGGAGGGAAACAAAAGAUAUUUCCAAUGAACGAUAAGUACAUUGAAAUGAUGGGAUACCUUAUGGCUCUAUCUUCUCUCGUUACUUCCAAGCAUUUCAGUGACAACGUUGCUGAGAAAGGAAAGAAAAUGGGGUUACAUUACAUUAGAACAGAAUCCACAACUCCCUCCGGAUUACGAGUUUGUACAGCACUUGCAAGCUUUUUCAUGAGCGAUUACUUCAAAAACCGGCCAUCAAAAUGUAAUUCAGAGUACACAAGCCCCGACCAAGUCAUAUUGUGCCCCGACAUCAACCAAAGUGUGUAUUGUCAUCUUCUAUGCGGGCUUUCCCAGAGAGACAAGGUUGUGGUUGUUAACGCUACGUUUGCUUAUGUCGUGGUCCAAGCGAUUAAUGCUCUACAAAUCUACUGGAAAGAAUUGUGUAGCAACAUCCGAUCAGGCCAUGUUAGCGAGUGGAUCACUGACUUGGAGUGCAGAAACUCAGUCUCGUCCAUUCUUAGGGGACCUAAUCCUGAAUUGGCUGAUGUUAUUGAACAAGAAUGCAGCCACACGUCAUGGGAAGGUAUCAUUACACGACUUUGGCCUAGAGCAAAAUAUAUUCAAUGCGCCAUUACAGGCCAAAUGACUCAAUACAUUCCAACAUUAGAGUUUUAUUCCAACAAACUUCCUAUAGUAUCCUCGACUUAUGGGUCUUCUGAAUGUUUAUUUGGGAUAAAUAUGGAUCCUUUAUCCAAACCACAAGACGUAUCCUACACAUUUUUGCCGAACAUCUCCUACGUGGAGUUUCUACCUGUUGAUCAUGAGGGAGAUAUGAACAGCAUUGUUGAUCUUGUGGACGUCAAGUUAGGGUGCUACUAUGAACCCGUGAUCACUAAUUAUUUUGGUCUACACAGAUGUCUUAUUGGAGAUAUUCUACAGGUGACUGGAUUUUACAAUGACACACCUCAGUUUAGAUUUGUACGCAGGAAAAAUAUGGUUUUAAGCGUCAAUGUUGAAACAACAACGGAAGAGGACAUUUUAAAGGCGAUGGCUCGUGCGACCCUUGUUCUUGAUCAGUCCACAAAUUUAAUGUUGACGGGCUUCACAUGCUAUGCUGACAUCUCCACUUUUCCAGGUCACUACGUUUUUUAUUGGGAACUCAAACCUAAAGAUGUUAACUAUGUUUUUGAGCUUGACGAAAAUGUAUUGGCGGAAUGUUGCUAUGCGUUAGAGGAAUCAUUUGAUGCUCCUUAUAAACUUGGAAGUAAAGAUGGAUUAAUUGGAGCUCUUGAGAUACGAGUGGUGCAACAGGGAACAUUCGAUUCUCUCAUGGAAUAUUUCAUCUCCCAAGGUGGUUCAAUUACCCAAUACAAGACACCUCUGUGUAUCAAAUCUUCUGAAGCCUUGGCAGUUCUUGAAAAUAAGGUUCUUGCUCAAUUCUACAGCAAAAAAAAGCCCUGCUCUUGUGACUUGUAGCUAGCUCUUUAAUUUGUGUUUUAAUUGUUUUUAGUAAAGAAUAAAAAAAUCGUGGAAAAUAAGUAAGUGAUUUACCUUCGUGCAAAAUAAAUGACGUUUGGUAGUAAAAUUAAUAAACUCUCUAUAAAUUAACAAAAUUAU